GCCGCCCCCAGGUUGUGAUAACCCUGUCGGGACUCCAGCUUCUCCCGAGCUCCCCAUAGGCCACCCGAACCGGGCCGUCCGCGAAGGGGCUGACCCACCACCGGUUCACGGUGACCUCUGACCCCGGUGUGAUCGUGGGCCGCAGCCCCGGCGUGCGCUGCGGUGGCGACCAUGGAGCUAGGCAGCUGCUUCAAGACCUACGAGGACUUCAAGGAGUGCUUCAGCGCCUACAAGAAGGAGACGAGGUGCUCCUUCAUUGUCAGGGACUGCAUCUCCGUCCGCUUCCACAACCUCAACCACGGCACCUCAUUCCGAGAGGACAUCCUAUACGUGCAGGUGAAAUUUGUCUGUAUUCGGACACAGUCAAACAGGAAGAGAACUCGCAAGGUGGACAGGUGCCCCGCGUAUUUGCUGCUGCAGUACAACGAGAGACUAGAUAGACUGUUCAUCAGUGAACUGAAUACCCAGCAUGUACAUGCUGAUUCUAAUGCAGCUGGUCCUGAAGGAGACCCCACUAGAAAAUCUCAAAAGAUAGUAUAUCUGCAGAAACUGCAGCCACUGCAACUCGCCAUCAAGAAAGACCUUGAUAUAGCAGAGAGCCCUGUAGAACCUUCCUUUUGCUUAGAUAAAGUACCCUCAACUCCAGAACAGGACAGUAUCACUCCUUCUGAUCUGGCCAAGAUAGCAAAAGUGAUGAAGAACUUUCUCACAGUUGAUGAGGGUUCUAUGGCUUCCUUCAGUGUGGGGACCAGCCAAGACCUGGACCGACUCAGCUUCCAGAGCAGCAAGAUGAGUGACUUGUUCAUCCGCUUCCCAGAGAAUCUCUUGCUGCACCGGGUGGAGAACAGCCAGGGCCAUAUUCUGUAUGCUUUCUUGGUGGAGAACAAGGAAAGAGAGGGUCGAGUGGUACACUUCGCCGUACUCAAGACUGAGACAGCCCCCUCUGUGGCCAAGAUGCUGAACAUCUUCACAGAAUUCAACUCUGAUUGGCCCAAGGUCAAGGUGGUCUUUGUGGACCCUUCAUUCCCUCACCGAGCCAUUCUUCAGGAGAUCUUCCCUGCUGCCCGAAUCCUCCUUUCCAUCUACCACACAACUAGACUCUUAGAGAAGAAGUUACAUCAAAGUUCGGCAAAUGCUUCUUUUAAGAGGCUCAUGAAGGAAGCCCUGCGGGAGGCUGUGUUUGUCUCUUCUGAUGCCAGCCUUAAAAAUCUCUGUCAGAUGUCCCAAGCCCUACUAGAUGAAGAUCUCUUCAGGUUCCUGCAAGCCCACUGGUUUUCCUGUGAACUGCUGUGGUACAUGCAUGUGAGGAAGGGUCUACAUGCAUGUAGCACCUACAUGGAUAGCCUGGACAUAGUGACCAGCAAGGUGUCAAGCCUCUUUCGGGAGCAGCAGUCCUUACUGGACUGUAUCCUUCGCUUUGUGGAUUACAUAGACUUCUUUAAUACCACAGGUUUGAAGAACUUACCCACAGUUCCUCCUAAAUUAAAGAGAGCUCGGCCUCCAAGCAUGUCACCAAGGGCCAAGAAGCCUUUUAGAAUUUGUGGAGGGAAUGUCACCAGGCUUCCUGUGGAAGAAACAAAAGCAGACUCCCAGCAGGCUCAUUUGCAGCAGCAGCAGCUCCAGGAACAGUCCUCCAAGGGUGGCAUGCUAGACACCUUGCACCAAAGUGGUUCUGCACUAGCCUACAAGCUGUGCCAGAACGAGUGGGAGGUGGUGCAGAAUUCUACCCACCUGGUAGACGUGACAGGCUCCUCAGUGGAUGUUCAGCUGCUGGAGGACUCCCACCAGGUGAGCAAAGAUGGCUGUAGCUGCAGCUGUUCCUUUCAGCAGUGCUACCAUCUGCCAUGCAGACACAUUUUGGCCCUGUUGCACACCAGCCAGCAGCCAGUAGGAGAAGCCAUGGUAUGCCGCCGGUGGCAGAAGAAGUACCAGCACCUGCUUGGGCCUGAUGGGGAGCUUCAGGACCGUGGAGUGAUCCCAAACACAGAUCAACCUGAGAAGCAAAGUCGGAACCACAUGAUUCAGGACCUAAGCAGGGAGCUGGCAAACCUGUUAAUGCAGACUGAGGGGCCAGAGCUGGAGGAGCGCUAUGCCACCCUGCGCAAGAUUGUAGACAUUUGGGCUGACCCCUAUCAGCUACCUGAGUCCAGUCAGCAGCCAGUUGACUUCAGGGAUGUGGGCUGCCUCCCUUUCCUCUGGGGGAAGCUGGAGGAAGGGGACAGCCUCCCCCUUACUGAAGCCAUGAUUCGUGAUUAAGUAUUUUCACUAGUGCACUGGACUUCAGAACUCUUCCCCUUGAAAGUUUGAGAGUUCAAAGUGGGCAGGUCAAACUGUAGGUCAGUAUUUUAAUCAGUCUUCCUAGGUAAGGGCUAAGAAGAUGUUAAAAUUGGGGAGCAAGUAGCCCCACUGUGACAGUCCCUUGAGCCUGCCCCAUUUCAGCCCUCCCUUUGGCAUUCUAAAUAGACACCUCAUUCAUUGUUCAAAGCCAAAGUUAUCUCCAUAUUGAAAGGUCACUCCCCUUCCCCAGCCCCAGAGGUUAGAUAACAUUCACCUAGAGACAUGAACCCCUGCCAUUAUA